AUUAAUAAGUACGGAGUAGCAGGCUAUCCAGCCAGGGGUAGGAAACGCUGUGCUGCCGUGAUGGGUCACGUUCAUGGCCACCAUGAGCCUCUGCUGCAGGCCAAGUAUCCUCCACAGGCAGCCCUAGUGGUUUCUGUCUUGCUCGUCGUCUGUGCUCUUCUCGUGCGCCGCCGGUUUGGAACAACGACGACGCUGUCGACAGCCAGAGAACAGCUGCUGAGCAAGCUGCCUUCGCCUCCCAGGAGGCUCCCCAUCAUCGGCCACCUGCACCUCAUCGGCUCCCUCCCGCACGUCUCCCUCCGUGACCUCGCCGCCAGGCAUGGCCGCCACGGCCUCAUGCUCCUCCACCUCGGCGCCGUACCGACGCUCGUCGUCUCCUCGCCGAGCGCGGCGCAAGCCGUCCUCCGCACGCAAGACCACAUCUUCGCGUCCAGGGCCUACUCCCCUGCCACCGACAUCCUCUUCUAUGGCUCCACGGGCAUCGCCUUUUCGCCCUACGGCCAGCACUGGCGCCAAGUCAAGAAGAUCGUCACCACGCACCUCCUCACCAACAAGAAGGUCCGGUCCUACCGCCAUGCACGCGAGCAUGAGGUGAGGUUGGUGGUCGCUAAGAUCCGCGAGGCAGCCACUGCAGGCACAGCUAUCGACCUGAGCGAACUGCUCAACUCCUUUGCCAACGACAUCGUGUGCCAUGCCGUGUCUGGCAAGUUCUUCAGGAAGGAGGGCCGGAAUAAACUUUUCCGAGAGCUCCUCGAGGCGAACGCAUCACUCAUCGGCGGUUUCAACCUAGAGGACUAUUUCCCAAUGCUAGUAAAGCUAGAUAUCAUCAAGAGCAUGGUGUGUGCAAAGGCCCGAAAGGUGAACAAGAUGUGGGACAGCUUGCUUGAUAUGCUCAUUGAUGACCAUGCUAGCAAGCCAGCGUCAGAACGUGAUGGGGAAGAGAGUGACUUCAUUGAUGUCUUACUCUCCCUUCAACUAGAAUACAACCUCACGAGAGAUCAUAUUAAGGCGCAGCUGGUGGUAAUGUUUGAAGCUGGCACAGAUACAUCAUUCAUAGUGCUAGAAUAUGCGAUGGCUCACCUCAUGCAAACCCCCUGCCUCAUGAACAAGCUACAAACCGAGGUGAGAAGCACUAUACCCAAGGGAAAAGAGAUAGUUACCGAAGACGAGCUUAACAGUUUAGCCUACCUAAAGGCCGUCAUCAAAGAAACACUUCGACUCCAUAUGCCAGCACCACUCCUUUUGCCCCACCUCUCCAUGGCCGAUUGCAACAUAGAAGGAUACACGAUACCAUCGGGAACACGUGCCAUUGUUAAUAGCUGGGCUCUUGCAAGGGAUCCUAGCUAUUGGGAGAACGCAAAUGAGUUCAUGCCGGAGCGGUUCAUGGAAGGAGGUAGCGCCGCAGCUAUGGACAAUAAGGGAAAUGAUUUCCAAUACUUGCCAUUUGGGGCAGGGCGAAGGAUGUGCCCAGGUAUAAACUUCGCAAGUUCAACUAUCGAAGUCAUGCUCGUAAACCUUGUCUACCACUUCAAUUGGGAGCUACCUGUGGAAUUAUCGAAGAAAGGCAUUGAUAUGACUGAAUUGUUUGGGGUGACAGUGCGUCGUAUGGAGAAACUCCUCCUUGUCCCUAUAGCUCCACAAGAUUAAUACAUUAUUAGUCUAUACUCUAUAGAGUCUUUAUGUAUGCAAUAGAUCAAGGACGACAUGCUGUCGAGCACGCAUACUAAAUAAAGAAAGCAAUCAUUGCAUC